AUGACGACAUCCGAUCAUCAUCAUCAUCAUGACGAUAUAAGCAAUAAUCAUCAUUCAUAUGAUGAUGCCAAUUCACGCGAUGCUGAAAUAGAUUCCGAAUUAGGGGAAUUAGAAACAGCUUUAAAUGAUAUCGAAAAAGCAAUGGAUAAAAUCGAAUCACAAAAUUCUAAUAUUCAAACAAAAUUACGUGAUUUACUUGAAUCAAAUAAACAAAUGGCAAAAGAAUUUACGGAUAUACGUCGUGGUAUGACAAAUAAAUUUAAAGAUGUAACGCACGAAUUAGAACAAACACCAGGUACUGCACAUGAUUUAGCAGCUGUUACAUCGAAUACAUUAAAUAAAAUUGAACAAGAAAUGUCAUCGACAAAUGAUAAUCAGAAUUUUAAAUAA